UUUGCCAGUAUUUCACCAUUGCACUUCCUACAAUAAAACAAGAACAAUGCUAUCUGAAAACGGGGUUUCUUACAGCGAUUGCCUGUCGAAGCGGGCGCAGGAAGGAAUUGUCGUCUGCAGGACAGCCAGCGUGGUCUCCUGCAGCGCAGGGGAGUUUAUUGGCGAGUACGAUCCUGAGACCAAUCCUAGAGGAGUGAUCGACAUGCAUAGCGCCGAGAACAAAAUGGUCUUCGAUUUACUGAGAGAAAAGCUGCAGUCAUGCGUGGAGAGCCCAAAGACCUGGGCUGACAACAUGUUUCUCCAUGCCUACGACGAGCCGGAAGGUGUCUUUGAACUGAGGGAUGCUGUUGCUAAGUUUUUGACGGUUACAGCAAGGGCGCACAAUCCCCUGGACCCAAACAAGAUGAUGGUGAUAAACGGUGCCUAUCCUGGUCUGGAAGCGAUGGGGCACGUCAUAUGCGACGCUGGAGAAGCGGUACUUCUGCCAGUUCCCGGUUAUUACGGAGUCUACAGCAGUCUAAAAAUACGAGCCAAUGUGGACGUUGUUCCAAUCCUGCUGACAGAGGAGCAAAGAUCCGGAGAAACGGAGCCCUUCCAAUUGACCGUAGAAAGGACAGAAGAAGCUUACCAGAAGGCUGUACAUGAGGGCAUCAGGGUGAAGGGAUUGUUCCUUGUAAAUCCAAACAAUCCACUGGGAGACGUGUACAGUCGCACUCAGGUCUUGGAUCUCCUGAAAUUUGCCAAAAGGCACGACCUACAUGUGGUUCUGGACGAGGUCUACAUGAACUGUGUCUUCAAUGAUGCCACGUCACACUGCAGUAUCUUUCAAUUCAGCGAAGAUGAAAUACCAGACCUGCAUAAAGUUCACGUCAUUUGGACAUUCAGCAAGGACCUUGGUAUGAGUGGAAUGAGGAUUGCUGUCAUUUACACCUGGAACAAAGCUGUUCGCGAUGCGCUGAUUAGUAUUGCGCAUUUCCAAGCGGUGCCGACAGGAUGGCAACGAAUGAUGGCGAGAAUGCUGGCUGAUACAGAUUGGUUUGCCAAUGUCUUCCUGCCGUUCUCCCUGGGUAAACUCAAGGAGAUACAUAGUUACUUCGUCGAGGGUCUUCGCAAGAUAGGUAUUCCCUGUCUGCAUAGGCCCUCUGGUCUUUAUGUCUGGGCAGACCUCUCCAAGUUUCUGUCGGCACCGACAUCGGAGGCUGAGCUGGAGUUGAACCAGAAGCUGCUAGAAUCAGGUGUGCAAUUUAGUCCAGGCCUUAACUGCCAAGGCCGCGAGAGGGGGUGGUUCAGAGUUGUCUUCGCUCGAAUCAAAACUAGAAAAACCAUUGAACUCGGUAAGAAAUCUUAACAAAUGCUGAUUCUGUUGAGACGUUUGGAAUUGGAGUAAUAUAAGAAUACAAUAUGUUCAUGUUGCUAUUUGAUGCCGGUUGUUGGCGUUAUUAUUGGUCUAUCAAAAUGGUUGUUUUGUCGUCAAAUACCAGCUAAUAAUCAAAGCAAAAUGUUGGUUUUCACACUGUUUUGUUUCGACAGCUUUACAGCGAAUACGUCAGGCUUUACACCCCAUGCCAGCAGAAAAUCUGGAUGUACAGGAUGUAUGUAACGACCAAUGUGUCUCCAAGUCCUUCUUGUAAAAUGGUAUUUAAUAAAUCUUAUACUCAUUUGCAUAUAAUGUUAUUUGAGAAUAAAAGGCUCAAACAGAAUUUCUCUUACCACGCAACUUAAAGGCCCGUUCAUACUUCACGUAAAAGCGAAAACGAACGCAUAUAUGUGAUCUAAAUCAAAAUAUCCUCGUUGCUAAAUCGCAACGGGUUUCACAUGUAUAUAAAACUUUGAAUUCCACCAAUGACUUAGACGAACGUCACCCUUUUCAGAGUAGGAACCCGACAACAUACCAACUGUUUCAGCCAAGCUCAAAUACAAAAAUACGUCUGACUUGAAAUUAAAAAGUAUAACCCUGAAAAGAGAAUAUGCGACUAAAAUCAUGGAAAGUAAAAAUGAGCCAAACUCAAUUAGUGCUUGCUAAAAUAAAGCCUUACAUAUACCAUGAAAGGGAUGUAAUUCUAUCAAUUUGUUCAUGACAUACCAACAAUUAUUGGUUGCAGCAUUUUAAAACUCAAAUAGCAAAACAUACCUGUCGCAAUUUGUGUCUGUCGUAAUUAAAAUAACUAUACUUUUUUCCUGGCCAUUUUCGGAAAAUGUGUAAAUGAAUUAGUAACAGCAGCAUUCUUUUUUCGAGCGAAAUGGAACAAAUAUUCUAAUUUCCAUUUCUAUUUAACAAAGUUCUAUUUCAAUGAGGGUGCAUUCCGUCGUAUAAAGUCAGGGUUCAAAUUCACGAUAGUGCACUAGUUAAGUAUGUUGACAUGUACUUCUGCAAUCCUGGAUUCAUCUUAAUUUGAACUCAAUCCAUUUCGCAAAAUAUGAAGGCGGUUUCGCCUGUGUGUUCUGGUAUGCCUGGUCAAGAAUUGGCAUUCGUUUGUGUGCUUACAAGUUAUAAUGCAAAGAGUUCCAUAUACGGACAGCCACUUGACACCCUGUGCACAAACCAUAUGAAACUGGUAUGAAAAUUCUGUGUUUUCGAAGUAAAUGAAUUGUUUUCCCCUUCUAAAUUGACCUUUUCUGGACAUGAUUUUGCUCUCUGACCGCUAAUACCACGUCAUGGUAGGGAAUAAUUAUUGGCGUCCAUAUGUGACACUCUUCUCGUUAUAUUGGUUAAAUGUUUGAAUACUCAUUACUG